CACGACACUCCAUGAUGGGACAAGCUUCCCCAGCUUUGAGCCCAGCAGAAUCGCGAUCAGCGGUUGAUAAGCGAGACGUACAGAGAUACGGUCGCGUCACUGUGCAUACACAUGUCUUUGUAUCUCCAGGCCAUAUCUACCGGCCAGCUCGCAAUCAUGUCCCGGUCUGUUCUACGCUGCCUCCCCGCAGCAAAGCUGAGCUAUGCCCUCGCACCCUGAAGCAGCCAGUGAACAGACGCCACUUCUGCAUGACCCUCGAUUAUCGCAACUACAGCAUGAGCAGGACGUGGAAUCGGCUUCUACGAUAUCCUCGACGUUGUCCAAGGAAGAACAGCAACUAGUUGACAGCACGGUGGGCGAACGCCUGCCAUACAAUGAUUAUACCACGAUUGACUGGCUCCAUGAUCUCGUCAAAGACUCGUAUCGCUUCCGUCAAAUCAAUUCCUUGUAUAGUCUGCGCUACAAGCUUAUCGCGCAGCUCGACGCGUGCUCGGGAUGGAUAGCUGUGGUUCUGAUCGGCGCUCUGACGGCUCUGGUCGCUUUCAUUGUCGAUGUCGCCGUCGCUACAGUUGCAGACUGGAAGAUGGGCUACUGCAGUACCAGCCCCUGGAAGAGCCGAGAGAACUGUUGUCGGCAGAGCGCAUCCCAGAUAUCCACGCCGAAGCUUCGCAUGUUUACUGGAGAAGGCAGUGUGGAGCCAAGCUGCAGUGAGUGGCACGCCUGGUCAGAUGAUUACGCCCGGAGCUUUGCGGUCUACGUCGCUCUAGCACUUGUCUUUGGAACCAUUAGCUCCAGUGCGACCAUGUUGACGAGAAGCCGGUUGCCCUCUGCGGAAGUCCCGAGUGAGCCGCCUUCCUCACCGCACGCCGCGAAACCUGACGACUCUCGUACGUUGAACGGAGGUAUCCCUACGCCAGCACCUUCUGAGGGAGGAGGCAAGGUCAUGUAUAUGGCUGCUGGCAGUGGUAUCCCAGAAAUCAAGACCAUCUUGAGCGGCUUCUCUAUUCCGUCGUUCCUUUCUUUCCGUGUGCUUGUCGUAAAGGCUUUCGGUGCCGUGUUUGCUGUGAGCACAGGAAUGUGUCUUGGGAAGGAAGGACCGUUCGUGCACAUUUCCACGUGUGUGGGCUAUCUGGUAGGCAAUUUCUUCCCAAAAUACAAAGAUAACGGAAGGAAAAUGCGGGAGUUGUUGAGUGCUUCUUGCUCCAGCGGGCUGAGUGUAGCCUUCGGUGCCCCCAUAGGAGGCGUGUUGUUCAGCUACGAGGAGAUCAGCACCUACUUCCCGCGGAAGGUCCUCUGGCGGGCAUUCUUAUGCAGUUUGACGGCGGCCAUCGUCCUCAAGCAGCUCAAUCCCACCGGUACAGGCAAGCUUGUUCUCUUUGAAACCAAGUACGGCACCGAAUACGAGCCGGUGCACUAUUUCAUCUUCAUGCUGCUGGGCGUGGCGGGUGGCGUCUUCGGGGGACUCUUCUGCAAGCUCAACUUCAUCUGGAGCAAACACUUCCGCAAGAUUCCUCUGAUCAAGGCCAACCCUGUGUUCGAGGUUGGCAUCGUCGUUCUAGCGACCGCGCUGCUCCAGUUCCCCAAUCCUCUUACUCGUGAGCCAGGUGACAUCAUCAUCAAGAACGUCCUUGUCGACUGCAAAGAUGAUUCAUCUGCCCACUCCUUUGUCUGCUUGCACGAAGCACAUACCGACGCAACUGACUGGGCGUAUGUUGGCUGGCUCACAUACGGAACCCUUACCAAGCUCGUCCUCACGAUCAUUACAUUCGGCUGCAAAGUGCCCUCCGGCGUCAUCAUCCCCGCUCUCGAUGCCGGCGCACUCUUCGGUCGCCUCGUCGGCUAUCUCCUACCCUACACAGCUAACGACGUCUCACCCGGCAUCUUCGCGCUCGUCGGCGCAGCCGCCUUCCUCGCCGGCGUGAGUCGCAUGACCAUCAGUCUCGCCGUCAUCAUGUUCGAGCUUACAGGCGAGCUCUCCUACGUGGUCCCGCACAUGGUCGCAAUCCUCGUCGCCAAAUGGGUCGCCGACGCCAUCUCCGCCGACGGCGUCUACGACCUCGCGCAAUCUGUGCUCGGCCACCCGUUUCUCGACGCCGACGUCGCGCUGCAAGUCGUCCGCAAGCAGGGCCUGAAAGUCAGCGCUCUCGUCCCACCCAAGAAGACAAUGGACGCCAUCACCGUCCUUAUCCCGUCCUGUAACACCGUGCCCUCGUCCCUGUUGCGCCACAAACUCCACGCCCUGCGCCAGCGCGGGCUCAUGGACGCCGGCCUCGUGCUCGUGCAGACGCAUCCACCCUCCACCGUGCCCAUGCUGCAGGGCUAUCUCUCGCAGGCCGAGCUCGCCUUCGGGCUGGAGCAGCUCUCGCCCGCGAUCCCGCUGUCGCCGUCGCAGCAGGAUUACCGUGUGCGCCUGCUAGGCCACACGGUCGAGGAUGCGCCGCCCGAGGGGAUCGAGGUAGAUCUCAGUCCGUUUGUAGACCGUACGCCGCUGGCGAUUUGCGGGGAGGCGCCGCUCGAGUACGCGGUGGAGAUGUUUGCGAAGCUGGGGCUGCGAUAUUUAUGCAUCACUGAGGAGGGAACGGGACGGUUGGUGGGUGUGGUGAUUAAGAAGCGGUUGGUUGGGUUUGUGGAGGAUCUGAAGGAGGAGUAACACAUGGGGCUUGGGAAGCCGCUUUGGUGUUUGUCGUCGGGCGUCGGGGGUGGGUAGCUGUGCAGGAGCCAUGAAUCUUAAGAACCAUAAGAGCAAUAUAUACGCAGCACGGACAGCCGUCUAUCCGAUGUAAAAAUCAAUCCUUGACAU